AUGGGAUUGAUAAGAAGCAGUUUCUCAUUCAUCGCGGGGACAGUGUGUGGGAUUUACAUAGCUCAGAACUACAAUGUUCCCAAUAUUCGGAAGCUUGCUAAUACUGCUCUCUUCAUGGCCAAGAUUAUGGAAGAGAAGUACCGGAAGCCCAAGAAGUCCGACGACGACGCUACUGGAUCUGUUGAUCCAUAUCCUGUUAUGGGAGGUACUGUGGCAUCAUUCUCGUUAGAUGUCAGAGGAGAUAAACUAGAUGGAAGAGAGGCUUCCUCCAAGGGAGACAACGUCAUCCUUGCUCGAUCUACUGUUUUUUGUAUGGUUUUCUCUUUCAUGAAAUCGCAUGUUGAUGAAGAUUUUCAGAUUACAAUCUGUAUAGCCAUUGCUUUGAGAGCCUUGGUGGUCUUAGAGACUUAG